UACCCAUGAUGACAGAAUAGUACAGUCGGCGACACGGUAAGCUAGUAAACCGCACCCAAUGCCGCAAAACACACGCACACCUUGCGUGCCUAGCAGUAUCUACGUAUAAGCUGUGCGCAAGUGCUCAAUUACCAACACGGACAUUGAAAAUGGAGUGACUUGCGCCGUCUUACGUCAUAUAGACUGCGCGCGCGUCCCCGAGCGCAGGGAGGAGGGAAACGAUGACGUCACGGAGGAAGCGCGCGCGGAGCAGGGAGCCUGUCAUGGCGGGUGGCGGGAAAAGGAAACUGCGAGCCGGGCAGCAGGUGAGGAGCUCCCCGGGGAGGGUGCGUGACGUCACCACUACGGCAUAUCCCAGCGGUGACAUCAUCACUCCCCCCCCGGGCCACGCACUAUACGGAGAAUCCUCAGUGAAUUUAUAAUUUAUAAUCGGAUUGGAAUCAUACUGGGAGACACUGUAUGGGGGAGGGGGGGGGUCACUAUAUACUAUCACAGGGUCUGAGAGGGAGAUACUGUAUGGGGUCACUUUAUACUAUCACAGGGUCUGAGAGAGAGACACUGUAUGGGGGAGUCACUAUAUACUAUCACUGGGUCUGAGAGAGAGACACUGUAUGGGGGGGUCACUAUAUACUAUCACAGGGUCUGAGAGAGAGACACUGUAUGGGGGGGUCACUAUAUACUAUCACUGGGUCUGAGAGAGAGACACUGUAUGGGGGGGUCACUAUAUACUAUCACAGGGUCUGAGAGAGAGACACUGUAUGGGGGGGGUCACUAUAUACUAUCACUGGGUCUGAGAGGGAGACACUGUAUGGGGGGUCACUAUAUACUAUCACAGGAUCUGAGAGGGAGACACUGUAUGGGGGGUCACUAUAUACUAUCACAGAGUCUGAGAGAGAGACACUGUAUGGGGGGGUCACUAUAUACUAUCAGGAUCUGAGAGGGAGACACAGUAUGGGGGGUCACUAUAUACUAUCACAGGGUCUGAGAGAGAGACACUGUAUGGGGGUCACUAUAUACUAUCACAGGGUCUGAGAGGGAGACACUGUAUGGGGGGGUCACUAUAUACUAUCACAGGGUCUGAGAGGGUGACACUGUAUGGGGGUCACUAUAUACUAUCACAGGGUCUGAGAGAGAGACACUGUAUGGGGGUCACUAUAUACUAUCACAGGGUCUGAGAGGGAGACACUGUAUGGGGGGGUCACUAUAUACUAUCACAGGGUCUGAGAGGGUGACACUGUAUGGGGGUCACUAUAUACUAUCACAGGGUCUGAGAGGGAGACACUGUAUGGGGGGGUCACUAUAUACUAUCACUGGGUCUGAGUGGGAGAUACUGUAUGGGGGGGGGGGUGUCACUAUAUAAUCUCACAUGGUCUGAGAGGGAGAGACUGUAUAGGGGCACUAAAUACUAUCACAUGCAGGGAGGGGAAGCUAUGAUCACCUGUCACUAUAUACUAUCUCAGGCAUGCCCCUGUUACCAGUUCUGGAAGGGCAAGACAUGCCCACCAUGCUCUCCUGGUCACAUUUAAUUUGUAUGAUAAUGAUGGGCAGCACAUGAAAGCUGUGCAAAACACUCUUGGAAAGAAAUCACUUUAUUAAAGGCAUACUCCAGGCACCCAGACCACUUCUGCCCAUUGGAGUGGUCUGGGUGCCAACUCCCACUACUCUUGACCCUGCAAGUGUAAUUAUUGCAGUUUUCAUAAACUGCAAUAUAUACAUUGCGGGGUUAAGUCCUCCUCUAGGGGCUGUUUACUAGUCAGCCACUAGAGAAUACUUCGUGUUCAUUGGUUUAAAUGGACUUUGGACAUACUCGCGCUAUGUGAGGACCUCCAGCCUCGCCAAAAUCCUCAUAGGAAAGCCUUGUAUAAUGCUUUCCUAUGGGGAGGUCUAAUGCAUGUGCACAUUAGGUCUCCCCCACCGACGGCCGCGCGUUAGGUCUCUGGCGGGGGAAGAGCUUAGGCAGAGCCUGACCCAGCGCCGAGGGACAUCGGUGCUGUACUCCAGUAAGUCCAUAAAGGGGUUUUAAUCCCUUCAGCAAUUUGGGAUUGGGAGGUGGGAGGGAGAGGGGCACUAGAGGGUCCUGCAGUGCCAGGAAAACAAAUGUUUUCCUGUCACUGGAUAAUCCCUUUAAAGCAAGAAGGAGCAGUGUUAAAGGACUAUUCUGGGCCUUAAAGGUACACUAUAGUCACCAGAAAAACUACAGCUUAAUGUAGUUGUUCUGGUGAGUAUAGCCCUUCUCUCCAGGCUUUUUGCUCUAAACUGUUUACAGUGUUGCUUGGUUACACCUCUAGUGACAGUCACUUAGCCUCUAGAGGUUCUUGCUGUGCAGCACUGACGUUUAGUGUCUCCAAACCCUGCAAGGAGGCACUCAGCGGUCCCCAUAGAGAUGCUGACUAAUCUGGACAGGGUUGAUUAGUUGUGAUUGCCAGGGACAUGUUAACCCAGCAAUCUCAGCCUAUCAAAUCAAUGUCAUCCAGGUUGCCCCUUUUUAAUUCUCACAGCAGCAUUGUUUAUUUUAUCCAACCUCAAAGACCGUGAUAGACUGUCCUCAGGUUAGUAAAACUUGUGGCAGCAAUUUUUUUAAUUUAAACUGGUAAAUAGAAUUAAUCCCUAUAGCAGAGGAAGGAAACCUUCAGCACUCCAGAUGUUAUAGACUAGAUUUCUCCUGAUGCUUUGCUAGCAUAAUGGCUGUAAGAGAUUUCUGGGUUAUGUAGUCCACAACAUUUGGCGUGCUGAAGGUUGCCUUCCCCUUCCCUAUGCUAAUAACAUCUGCAUCAUUCACAGUUUUAUGAGUAAAGAUGGCAGCCGUGAUGUGACUUUUUAGAGUGAGUUGUGAAGGAAACUUUAGGGAGGUCAGGAUUUGUAUGCAGUGUUCAUGCCUUACAACUGUUUGGUCAUAAAGUGUUGCAUCCUCCUGGGGUUUCACUGCGGGGAAGGAUUGAUGCUGAAGCUAUUUUUGCUGAUUGUUGCCUUUAUAGGAACCUCUUAGCACCCUAAUCUAUUUAAUAAUCUUGUGUUGUACUUGGAAUUACACAUUAUUUGACUGGGGGAAAAAUUCAUUUAGCAAAUGGCCUUUGCUGUAAAAGGGGCCAGUAGCCAAUUAUAUAUAUUUUGUACAUUUAUUAUAACUUUGUUUCUAAUCCAUGUAAUGUAUGGGUAUGUAUGAAAUAUAUGUAUUUUUGUAGAGUGAAGAUACCUUGAAGAAUGAUGUCAAGAAAAGACGCUCUGGCCAAGCAGAUGUACCACAUGAUGUGCGGCAAGAGGUGGAAAGUCUUUAUCGACUUACCAUGCCAGAGGAUUUCUACCAUUUCUGGGCUUUUUGUGCAGAAAUUGACCCAGAAGCACCUUGUGGUAAAGCUUAAUUAUUUUUACUGUCUUCUGAAAAAAUCUAUAGAGUGCUAGUGUGUGGACCCCCACAGGCUGCAUUUUAAUAUAAUGCAUUAAAGAAAUGUUACUUUUUGCAUCAUGUAUUGUGCAGAAAUUGCAGAAUGCUUUUCAUGCCAUUCCUUUGCUCAGACUUUUUAUUCUUGCAAAAAACAGGUUUUCCUAUAAGCACCUACACAAGAAAAUGUAAACACACAUUACAUCUACAAACAGUAGCACUUAAAAAGCAUCAACCUAUUAUGCAUUGAUAUUGGUGGACAACACAUACAGUAUACAGACAUCGAAAGAAACUGAACCUUACUGAGCUGAUAUCUAGCAUCUCAAUAAAAACAGAGAAUGUGAGUACUCUGAGAGCAAGGAAAAGCUGAGACAAACUGCAAUAAUUUGCUUUUCGGUUAGUCCCCACUAUCGUUUUGGCUUUCUUUGGGCCAUGUCAGUGAGUUUUCGAAAAGCCAGACUUUACAGUAUACAGAGUUCAGAAGUUGACACUGGACCCCUCUCAUGAGUUGUGAUCUAGCAUUCACAAAAUAUUAAUGCAAACUAGUUUGAUAGGCCAGUACAAAGAGUUGUAAGUAUUUGAGAUGAACUCUAAUGUUGUGAAUAUAAUCCUGGGAAGUGGCAAUUACAAAGUCUCGAAAGGCAAGUGCCAAUUUCCAGUUAUGUUUAGAUUGCCAAAAAGUGUUUCCGGCUCUCGCUGAACUGUAGUGGAGGUAGGAGUGAUGCCCAGAAGACCCUAGGUAAGAUGCUGGGUAGAUAUUUUUCUUUUUUUUUUUUUUUUUUUUAAAAGCAGAAAGGGUAUCUGAGAUCAGAAGUUAUUUAUUUUUAAUAUCCCCUCCCCUUAUUUAACCUAAAGGGAUACUAUAGUCACCACAAACACUAUAGCUGGUCCCAGCAAGCUUUUUAAUGUAAGUGCAGCAUUACUACCAAGGGACACCUCUAGUGGCAGUCAUUUAGAGUCUAUAUUUUAGACAACCACUAGAGGUGAUUCCUAGUCCAGUGUGCAGCAUUGGCAUUCACUGUCUUCAAACACUGCUUAGAGGCACCGAACGUUCCCCAUAGAGACGUAUUAAUUCAAUGCAUCUCUAUGAGGAGAUGCUGAUUUGGCGCAGGAUGGCGUCUUGCCUCAAAUGCGGAAUAACCUCACAAUGCUUUCCUAUGGGACUGCUGUAAUUGUCAAACUCUUCUUGCUGUGCUCCUUCGCAUGCAGUUUAGUGAUGCUAAGGCUGGAGUGACGUCAUUUUCCAGUUCCUGGUAUCACUACAUAGCGUGCAGAACAGCAGGAACUGCAGCAAAGUUACUGCUCCCUCAUUGCCUCCACGCACAGUCGGCCGGCCAAAUCUGCAGAAUGACCUGGCUCCUGGACUUUGUCUCGCUCUGGUAUAAUAGGUAAAGGUGUCUAGUUUGUCUCAUCUUUUAUGUAAGUAGGUGGCACCAUAUUGGCAAAUUUGAUGGUAUUACCUGGCACCCUCUUCCUCCCCAUUGUAAAGAGUUCAUACCAGGGGCUGCUCCCCACCUGUGUUAAAGCUAAUUGAGAGCGAGAAACUCUUGGACUUAGCUUAGUGAAAAGUGUUUUCAGCUCUCGCUGAACUGUAGUGGAGGUAGGGAGUGAUGCCCAGAAGACUCUAGGUAAGAUGCUUAACUAUUCUAAAAUGGUUUGACAUCUUAUCAUGGGGGGCACAUGAGGCACUAUAGCUGCUACAGCGUCCUCUAAUGAUUAGGGAUCGACCGAUUAUCGGUUUUACUGAUAUUAUUUUCCGAUAUUCGGUAUUUUCGGCAAUAUCGGUAUCGGCUAAUUCAGAUACCGAUAUUGCAGAUAAUAUAUAACAGGACCGCCGGGCCUGGGAGGUGAGUAAAUGCUUGCUGCCAGCCCCCUCACAGCUCAGCCAAUGCCACUGGACCACCAGGGACUGCUAUACCCCCCCAGCCAGGUAACAAGCAGGAAGGGGGGACAACAAAAAUCAAAAUAUAAAAAAUAGUAAUUUAAUAAAAAAAUGCCCCCUCACACACACACUCCAUUAUAUACACAUACACUACACAAACACACUAUGUGUAUAUAAUGCAGUGUGUUUGUAUAGUGUGUGUGUGUGUGUGUGUGUGUGUGUAUAAUGCAGUGUGUUUGUAUAGUUAGUGUGUUUGUAUAGUGUGUGUGUGUGUGUGUGUAUAUAAUGCAGUGUUUUUAUUGUGUGUGUAUAUAAUGCAGUGUGUUUGUAUUGUGUGUGUGUGUGUGUGUGUAUAUAAUGCAGUGUGUUUGUAUAGUGUGUGUGUGUGUGUAUAUAAUGCAGUGUGUUUGUAUAGUGUGUGUGUGUAUAUAAUGCAGUGUUUGUAUAGUGUGUGUGUAUAUAAUGCAGUGUGUUUGCAUUAUAUACACACACUAUACAAACACACUGCAUUAUAUACACACACUGUAUAGUGUGUAUAUAAUGCAGUGUGUAUAGUGUGUGUCUAUAUAAUGCAGCGUGUUUGCAUUAUAUACACACUAUACAAACACACUGCAUUAUAUAAACACACUAUACAGUGUGUGUUUGUAUAGUGUGUGUUUGUAUAGUGUGUGGUGUGUGUAUAGUGUGUCUGUAUGUAUAAUGCAGUGUGUUUGUAUUGUGUGUGUGUGUGUGUGUAUAAUGCACACUACACAAACACACUGCAUUAUAUACAGUGUUUUUGUAGUGUUUAUAUACAGUGUUUGUGUAGUGUGCAUUAUAUACACACACUACACAAACACUGUGUAUAUAAUGCAGUGUUUGUGUAGUGUGCAUUGGACCACCAGGGACUGCUUGUAUAGUGUGUGUGUUUGUAUAGUGUGUUUGUAUAGUGUGUGUGUGUAUAGUGUGUGUGUAUAAUGCAGUGUUUGUAUAGUGUGUGUGUGUGUAUGAUGCAGUGUGUUUGUAUAGUGUGUGUAUAAUGCAGUGUGUUUGUAUAGUGUGUGUUUGUAUAGUGUGUGUUUGUAUAGUGUGUGUGUGUAUAGUGUGUGUGUGUGUGUGUGUGUGUGUAUAGUGUGUGUGUGUAUAGUGUGUGUGUGUGUGUGUAAUGCAGUGUGUUUGUAUAGUGUGUGUGUGUGUAUAAUGCAGUGUGUUUGUAUAGUGUGUGUGUGUGUGUGUGUGUAUAAUGCACACUACACACACUGCAUUAUAUACAGUGUGUGUAGUGUUUAUAUACACAGUGUGUUUGUGUAGUGUUUAUAUACAGUGUGUUUGUGUAGUGUUUAUAUAUACAGUGUGUUUGUGUAGUGUGCAUUAUAUACACACACACACACUACACAAACACUGUAUAUAAUGUAGUGUGCAUUAUACACAAUAUAUAUAUACACUAUAUAGUGUGUGUAUAAUGCACACUACACAAACACUGCAUUAUAUACAGUGUUUGUGUAGUGUGCAUUAUAUAAACACACUGCAUUAUAUACACACUAUAUAAACACACUGUGUAUAUAAUGCAGUGUUUGUGUAGUGUGCAUUGGACCACCAGGGACUGCUAUGCCCCCCCCCCCCGGCCAGGUAACAAGCAGGAAGGGGGGGACAACAAAAAUCAAAAUAUAAAAAAUAAUAGUAAUUUUAAUUAAAAAAAUGCCCCCUCACACACACACUCCAUUAUAUACACAUACACUAUACAAACACACUGUGUGUAUAUAAUAGUGUGUUUGUAUAGUGUAGGUAUAUAAUGCAGUGUGUUUGUAUAGUGUAGGUAUAUAAUGCAGUGUGUUUGUAUAGUGUGUGUGUAAUGCAGUGUGUUUGUAUAGUGUGUGUGUGUGUGUGUGUGUAUAUAUAAUGCAGUGUGUUUGUAUAGUGUGUGUGUGUGUAUAUAUAAUGCAGUGUGUUUGCAUUAUAUACACACACUAUACAAACACACACUAUACACACACUGCAUUAUAUGCACACACACACUAUACAGUGUGUUUGUAUAGUGUGUGUAUAAUGCAGUGUGUUUGUAUAGUGUGUGUGUGUAUAAUGCAGUGUGUUUGUAUAGUGUGUGUGUAUAAUGCAGUGUGUUUGUAUAGUGUGUGUGUAUAAUGCAGUGUGUUUGUAUAGUGUGUGUGUGUAUAAUGCAGUGUUUGUAUAGUGUGUGUGUGUGUGUAAUGCAGUGUGUUUGUAUAGUGUGUGUGUGUGUGUGUAUAUAUAAUGCAGUGUGUUUGCAUUAUAUACACACACUAUACAAACACCAUUAUAUAGACACACACACUAUACACACACUGCAUUAUAUACACACACACACACACACACUAUACAGUGUGUUUGUAUAGUGUGUGUGUGUGUGUGUGUGUAUAAUGCAGUGUUUGUAUAGUGUGUGUGUAUAAUGCAGUGUUUGUAUAGUGUGUAUAAUGCAGUGUUUGUAUAGUGUGUAUAAUGCAGUGUGUUUGUAUAGUGUGUAUAAUGCAGUGUGUUUGUAUAGUGUGUAUAAUGCAGUGUGUUUGUAUAGUGUGUAUAAUGCAGUGUGUUUGUAUAGUGUGUGUGUGUAUAGUGUUUGUAUAGUGUGUGUGUGUAUAGUGUUUGUAUAGUGUGUGUGUGUGUAUAGUGUUUGUAUAGUGUGUAAUGCAGUGUGUUUGUAUAGUGUGUAAUGCAGUGUGUUUGUAUAGUGUGUGUGUGUGUGUGUGUAAUGCAGUGUUUGUAUAGUGUGUGUGUGUGUGUAUAUAUAAUGCAGUGUGUUUGCAUUAUAUACACACACUAUACAAACACACCAUUAUAUAGACACACACACUAUACACACACUGCAUUAUAUACACACACACACUAUACAGUGUGUUUGUAUAGUGUGUGUGUGUGUAUAAUGCAGUGUUUGUAUAGUGUGUGUGUGUGUGUAUAAUGCAGUGUGUUUGUAUAGUGUGUGUGUAUAAUGCAGUGUUUGUAUAGUGUGUGUGUAUAAUGCAGUGUGUUUGUAUAGUGUGUGUGUAUAAUGCAGUGUGUUUGUAUAGUGUGUGUGUGUAUAAUGCAGUGUGUUUGUAUAGUGUGUGUGUGUGUGUAUAAUGCAGUGUGUUUGUAUAGUGUGUGUGUGUAUAAUGCAGUGUGUUUGUAUAGUGUGUGUGUAUAAUGCAGUGUGUUUGUAUAGUGUGUAUAAUGCAGUGUGUUUGUAAUGCAGUGUUUGUAUAGUGUGUUUGUAUAGUGUGUGUAAUGCAGUGUUUGUAUAGUGUGUGUGUGUGUGUGUGUAAUGCAGUGUUUGUAUAGUGUGUGUGUGUAAUGCAGUGUUUGUAUAGUGUGUGUGUGUAAUGCAGUGUUUGUAUAGUGUGUGUGUGUAAUGCAGUGUUUGUAUAGUGUGUGUGUAUAAUGCAGUGUGUUUGUAUAGUGUGUGUAUAAUGCAGUGUGUGUGUGUGUGUAUAAUGCAGUGUGUGUGUAUAAUGCAGUGUGUGUGUAUAAUGCAGUGUGUGUGUGUGUAUAAUGCAGUGUGUGUGUGUGUAUAAUGCAGUGUGUGUGUAUAAUGCAGUGUGUGUGUGUAUAAUGCAGUGUGUAUAAUGCAGUGUGUAUAAUGCAGUGUGUAUAAUGCAGUGUGUAUAAUGCAGUGUGUAUAAUGCAGUGUGUAUAAUGCAGUGUGUGUGUGUAUAAUGCAGUGUGUGUGUGUGCAGUGUGUGUGUGUGCAGUGUGUGUGUGUGCAGUGUGUGUGUGUGCAGUGUGUGUGUGUAUAAUGCAGUGUGUUUGUGUAGUGUGUGUGUAUAAUGUAGUGUGUGUAUAAUGCACACUACACAAACACACUGCAUUAUAUACACAGUGUGUUUGUGUAGUGUUUAUAUACAGUGUGUUUGUGUAGUGUGCAUUAUAUACACUACACUAAUACACACUGCAUCCACUACACACUAGACAAAUAUACACACAAACACACACUGCAUCCACUACACACACCGCUCCCCUGUCUAAACACACUGCACCCACUACAUGUGGCAUGUAUAUUUUGUGCAUUUACCUUUAGAAAUAGUUUUUAUUUGCCAAAAUGGUAAAUGUACAGAAUAUCGGUAUCGGCUCUAAAAAAAAAAAAAAUCAAUAUCAGUUGAUCCCUAGUAAUGAUUAUGGAGCUAAUCUUUUAAUUGUAUUCAUAGUAUGUUUUAUCAUAUGCUGUGCUGUUACUAAUAUAGAAAGGGGCCAUUUGGAUGCACUGAGUAGGUUCCAGGUAGCAAGAUCUGCAGGAAUGUUAAGGAAUCUGGAUGUUUGUGUUCCCUCUUGCUCUUGUUAGUGCUGAUUAGUUUGAAUAUUAUUUCAUAAUUCUUGUCUUUAUUUGCUCUUUGUCCAGCCAGCAACCAAGACAGAAUAUGUAUGAGGUGAUAUUUACCGUUUGAUUAAUUUAAUCUGUCAGAUGUCUCUGAAGUGCUCAGGCACAAAACGUAUAAGCAUCAUUGGCUCAGGGCUCCCUCCUAUUUGCUUUGUUCCAGCUGAAGUUUUAUAUGAAAAAAUAAAGAAUACCAAUAAGCACAAAAAUAGUUCAUUUAUGAAGCCUGUCUUCUCACUAAAAGCAGCAUGAGUAGGUAAUUUCCAGCAAUUUUCUAGAAAAUCACUAGUGUGGCAAUUUUGUAUUCUAGCUUUUUUUUUUUUUUCCUUCUAAAUAAUUUGCUUUUCUUCUCCGUGGAUAUCAUGUGGCAUUUUGGUGCCUCCUAACCCUCCCUAAUGUCGCAAAUUAAAUGAAGUUAAGAAUGUUGUAUUUCCUCUGGUCACUGAAAUACCAGUGCUCAGCUAGUAGGCACUCAUAUUGGUGAGAGCUAGACUGAAGACGAGAUUAGGUUAAGCUAUAUUCCACCUUAAUUUUAUUUUAGAAGUCUGGUUAUGCUUUAGUACUGCUAGUCAGAAAUAUACCCUCAGUUUGUGCUUUGGGCCUUGUACAUAUUUUGCUGCUAAUUUAAACCCAAUUAAUUUGUUUUCAGAUGCUCUGAAGUCUAUCAUUGGCCUUCAGCUUGUCGGCCCUUAUGAUAUUCUUUCUAAGAAGCACAAGAAGACUAAGAAGGGAGCUGAUAUUGACUACAAUCUGCACUGGAGGUUUUUUUAUGAUCCCCCUGAAUUCCAGACUGUUCUUGUAGAGGACAACAGAACACAGUUUCAUAUGGGAUACUUCAGGUAAAAUGCAAAUUACACAGCAACUGGAUGGCUUAUUUAUCCAGCACAAAAAAUGUAUUAAAGGACCACUAUAGUGCCAGGAAAACCUACUCGUUUUCCUAUCACUAUAGUGCUCUGAGGGUGCCCCCACCCUCAGGGACCACCUCCCACCGGGCUCUGGGGAGAGGAAGGGGUUAAACUUACCUCUUUCUCCAGCGCCGGCUGGGGAGUUCUCCUCCUCUUCGGCUGAAUGCGCAUGCACGGCAGGAGCCGCGCGCGCAUUCAGCCUGUCCAUAGGAAAACAUUCACAAUGCUUUCCUAUGGACGCUGGCGUCUUCUCACUAUGAUUUUCACAGUGAGAAGCACGCAAGCGCCUCUAGAGGCUGUCAAGAGACAGCCACUAGAGGCUGAAUUAACCCUAACAUAAACAUAGCAGUUUCUCUAAAACUGCUAUGUUUAUAUAAAAAAAAGGGUUAACCCUAGCUGGACCUGGCACCCAGACCACUUCAUUAAGCUGAAGUGGUCUGGGUGCCUAUAGUGGUCCUUUAAUAUAAGCAUUACAAAUGUAAGUUCUUAAAGGGACAAUAUAGUCAACAACUUUUGCUUAAUUAAGCAGUUUUGGUGUAAAUCUCACUGUUUAAUUAUCUGCCAUUAAAUCAUGUUGUUUAUGCAGCCAUAGGCACACCUCCCUGCGUGUGACUUACACAGCCUUCCUAAGCACUUAUUGUAAAGAGUCUUAUAAUGCUUACACUUUCUUUAUUGCAAAUUGUUUAAUUUAGAAUUUAUUUUCUCCUGCUCUGUUAAUAGCUUACUAGACCCUGCAGGAGCCUCCUGUGUGUGAAUAAAGUUAAAUUUACAGAGCAGGAGAUAAACUUUUAAUGCAAGUUACAACUGAUUGUAAAUUAAACCAUUUUAUUUUCAUGCAGGCUGUGUCAGUCACCGCCAGGGGAGGUGUGGCUAGGGCAGCAUAAACGGAAACAAAAAUGAUUUGACUCCUAAAGGAAGGAGAAUUGAUGGGGCGUGAUCUAUAUACCAAAACUGCUCAAUUAACCUAAAGUUGUGGGGGUUUUUUUUUGGGGUUUCUUCUUGGGGUGAAGGGGGACACAACACAGUUUCUAUAAAAGCAGCAUUCAAACCAUGUUUAACAUUUUGAAGUAAUAUUUGAUUUUGCAAGCUGGAUUGCAACUUUUUGCAGUUAUUUAUCUUCUGUUGAGGCCAGAAUUUUCAGCAGUGUCCGCUACUUGCUUAGAAAAAUAAUUGAAGUCCAACAUCAGCCGCAGGUCCACAGUAUAACAUCACUCUAAUGAUUAUACUGGCAGAAAAAUAUAUUUGCUGCUUAGAUACAAUCUUUUAUGUUUGCAAAUAAUCAUUUACAGGACAUCUGUAUCUUGAAUAUUUUAUAACCAGGGACAGUCCUGAAGAGCUACCAGUAUUUGUUGGUGCUAAUGAAGCAAGUAAAGGAUGCCUGGUCUCUCAGCUUGGAGAUAAUCUGUUUGCUGCAGUAAAGUAAGGUGUUUGGUUUUUUAUUUAUAAAAAAAUUUGUUUAGUUUUUUCCUGUCAUCCAUUAAAUAGAUAUUGGAUUCAAAUAAAAUAAUGCAAAACAUAUGUGAAAGAUAUUAUUUUCAAAGCUUUGAAGAGGCACUAUUUAGUGGCCAUUACAGGUAUAAUUCUCUCUAAACAGGUAGACUACCAAUUAAGAGUGUCUCCUUCUGUUUUGUGGCAUCUAUUUUUAUACCAUAAAGACUCUGUCCAGCAGGUUUUUACAUUGAUUUAAAAAAAAAAAAAAAAAAAAAAUAGUUUGUCCCAAAAGUUGUUCCACUUAUUGCAUAUUCUGAAUGGCACUGUUAUCUAAACUCAUAACAGCUUCAUUAUGGCUACAAUGAGUUUAUAUUUAGCUGAUUGAGUGAACUGGACUAAGUGUACCAAUUGGCAAAGCUAUGAUCUAUGUAUGUGCUCAGACCAAGUUGUGCAUGUGCCUGCUGAAGCUGGAGAAACUACAUAUCAGGCAACCCGAUUAAUAGCGCUGAGGGCAAAGUGCAGGGUCCUCUCUUGAUCCACAACUAUGCUUUUUAUGAUGUCAUGACUCAUUUAACAGAAGACUCCAAUGCUGUCAGUUGUGUGUGUGUAUAUGUAUAUGCGGCAAUGUUUACGUUGCUGUGCUAAACACGCCUCUAGUGGCUGUUCUCCUCACAUCUCCUACAUGGUGCUUCCGUGACAUUCAAAGUCCUCUUAGACAUUGAGAUGCAUCGAUUGAAAUCCGAUUUCUUCAUGCAUAGACCAGCAUUGGAGUUAGCGCAGCUCUUUGAGAAGCAUUUGCUGUGCAUAUGCGUUUAGUCCACAAUGCUUCCCUAUGAGAGGAGCAUUGAAAUGGACAAGCCUGAUGACAUUAGUGGAGGCAGACUGGGCUGCAUAGAAGAGGGGGACCCAAGAAUCUAAAAGACCCAUGUCUAACAAAUUGGUGUUUAAAAAAAAAAAAAAAAAAAAUGAAUCUCAUUUUAUGGUCUUCCUUAAAUGGAAUGCAAGGACUGACUUAUAUUCACUAAAGUGUUAGUUGCCAAGACUCAAAAGUGACUUGCACAUUGGCCUAAAAUUUUAAAUUCACUUAUGCAUUCAGCUACUUUACUUUUGAAAUGUGUUUUUGAUAUCAUGGGAUUUCCAAUGGGUUUUUUUUUGUUUUUGUUUUUUUUUGUAAAUUGUGAAUUCUGUUCAAUGUGUCUUUUUCAGACAGUUUGCCUCAAAGAAGCUUAAAGAAGCCACAGAUAAGGGGACAUUGUCUCUUGUGAAACAUUUGGUAGAGAAAGUGACUGGUGCAGCAGAAGAGCUGGGGUAUAACGUAGACCUAAAAUCCCCUGUUAUGAAAAAGAGGGACAAAAAAGUAUGCUUGCGCUUUUUUCUUAAUUUGCUUUACCAUUAUUUACCAUGCAUAACUACAUUUUACUCUCAUAUCUACGAUAUUACCCUCAGGGGGGUGUGUGUGUGUGUGUGUGUGUGUGUGUGUGUAUGUAUGUAUGUAUGUAUAUCAGUUUUAAAGAUACAUAGCGGAAGCCAUGUUACAAAAUACUAUAGGGGGGAUGAAAAACGAAUGCGAGUAAAGCAGUAAAAAGUAACUCCUAUAUCAAAAUAAAAGCAUAAUGGGAUGAUAAUCAGACUAUAUGAAAGUAACAAUACAAGCUUAAAUAGUACAGUCAUGAGUUACAAAAGCCCACCAGUUGCCAAUAUCGAUAAGUAUGGCUGUAAUGUCAUGGGGCAUUAAAAUGACAUACCAUUACUCAGAAAACCAAGUAAAUAAUGUCUUUUGUAUUGUAUUUCUCACUUGACCUUUCCUUUCCCUCUUACCUCCCCAUGAACAUUCCAUGUCUAUAUGAAGUUGUAGUUGUGGUAUAUAUUGCUCACUUAAAAUAUCAUACCAUUUAUUUUAACCCAGUAUAGACACCUUAAAGUGUAACUUAUGCUUUUUACGGGACACUUCUUCCCAAAAAAUAUAUAUAAUUUAGUACAAUUUUAUAUAUAUCUAACAUGCGUAUUUUAAACAAUACCCCUAAUGAAAAUAUGCAUGCUGUUAUUGCUGCAUUUUAUUUACAUUAGGAGUAUAUCUAAAACCACUCUCAAAUGUAUAAAUUUGGAGAAAAACCUAUUUAAAAAUAGGUUUUUCUCCUAUAUGCUUCUGAGUUUCUCAGCAGACACUCAAUGAUGAGGAAUUGAGAGACAGGGAGAGUAGAAGAGACAUCCAACAGGAGGCCCUCUGCUCUCUAACCAUAGCAACCACAGUGCAUGCAGUGCUGGUUAGGCAGUAUAGGAAAUUAGUGAUGUGAUGUCCCUCUGUUCAGACGCCGGAAAUCAAGCCAGUAUAUUGAUGUCAUGGAAGAGGUUUGCCCUGCAAAGCGACAAAGAUUUGAGUGGGUGCACUUACAGACCAGACGCUUACAGAAGCGUGGGAGCGGAGGACCACGUGUGGUGACAGUCUGCUCUUUUGUGAAUAUAUGCCAUUAUUUUGUUUUGUUUUCCUUACUGGUUUUAACACUUCUAGUUUAGAGUAAAAACUGCAAUUGAAAACUGACAACUGUUCAAUUACCCUUUGGUGAGAGAGAUGAAAAGGUCUAUGAAGUCAUAUGAUUUAAAGGGACACUAUAGUCACCAGAACUACAGCUUAUUGAAUUUUUUUCUGGUGAGUAGAAUCAUUACCUUCAGGUUUUUUGCUGUAACCACUGUCUUUUCAGAGAAAAUGCAGUGUUUACAUUACAGCCUAGUGGCCACUCCUCAGCUGUUAGAGAUCCUUCCUCGGUCAUGGCUGCCUAAAAUGGAUACAAACAUUCAGUCUCUCCUCCCUCUACAUGCAGACACUGAACUUUCCUCAUAGAGAUUCAUUAAUUCAAUUCAUCUCUAUGAGGAGAUGUUGAUUGGCCAGGGGUGUGUUUGAAUUGUGCUGACUCUGCCCCUGAUCUGCCUCCUUGUUAGUCUCAGCCAAUCCGAUGGGGGAAGCAUUGUGUUUGGAUCAGGCUACCACUUCUGAUGUCAGCAGACGGUUUGUUUUUCUGAGGCAAACAGCAUGCAGAGCUACAGCUUCAGGCUUGAAUACAAGUAAGAUUUUGCUAUGUGUAGGGAGGCAUGAAGGGCCCAGGGGGUCUAGAUGGUGGUUUUAACACUGUAGGGUCAGGAAUACAUGUUUGUGUUCCUGACCCUAUAGUGUUCCUUUAAAGGACCACUAUAGUGCCAGGGAAACAAACUCGUUUUCCUGGCACUAUAGGGUCUAUAUGUGUCCCACUCUCGCCAGGCUAAAGGAGGAGGAAGGGUUUAAACUUGCCUUUCUCCAGCACCGGAACUGUUCUCACUGUGAUUUUCACAGUGAGAAGUGCCUCUAGCAGCUGUCAAUGAGAAGCCACUAGAGGCUGGAUUAACCCUAUUAUAAACAUAGCGGUUUCUCUGAAACUGCUAUGUUUACAGCAGGCAGGGUUAACCCCAGAUGGACCUGGCACCCAGACCACUUCAUUGAGCGGAUGUGGUCUGGGUGCCUACAGUGGUCCUUUAAGCAAGACACAAAGCUUAAUAGUCUGGACUUUAUCCACUAUGUGAUUGUUUCAAUGCAGCAUGUUGUAGUACAGAGUACAAUGCUUGUGUCAGUGUCCAAAUACUAAUUGGCUGGGAGGUUUAAGUUGUUGAAAUAACUUGCGUCUUAAAAUACACCUUUGGUGUAUUCUGUUUUUAUUUAUCUAUUUUUCAAGCUGAUGUCUGACUCUAUCAGCUGUCAAAUAACAAUAUGUGACAAUUUGGUCUAAUAUAUAUCUUCUGGUAUGUUUAAUGAUUUUCCAACAGUGUGAAUUUUCAGAAUGAGUAUACUUUAUGAAAAGGUCAAGUGACACUUCCUCAAAGUUGUCCAAAACGAAGAAGUAUGACUAACUAGCCUCCACACAUUUGGUCUUUCACAACCAAAUAUCCAACACUGUGAUGGAAACCUGUUGAGCUUUGUGGUGUGCAAACAUUUGGCUAUAACUUGUGGUCCGCUUCUCUAUUCCAUUCAUCACAUAGGUUUCCUCCCUUUGUUUUUUUUUAAUAGAUUACAAAAAAUGCCCUGUCCCUGCAAAUACACUAGGUCCUAGUGACUAGGACAUGACCAAGGGAAUUGGGGUUUUCCCUCUCCGAAGUAAACUUUAAAGUUUUUAGAAAUGUACUUGCAAGGUUCCUCUUGCAAUUUGUGCAAGUGUUGCAGUUACUCAAUAAAAAUAAAUCUCAAACAAUUGCAUUAUAAGUCUGUGGAGAUUCUGAAGAACACCCUUUUGUGCAUAUAUUGGCUAACUUCUGGGGAUCGUGGAAAAAUAAAGCUGUAACUUCCUCGCAGCAGCCAUGACAGAUUUUAUUUUUAUUUAAUUUUUUCCUCAAAAACCCCCCACAAAAAAACAGGAAGCCUUUUGUAAAAAUAAAUAAUGCUUUAAAGGAACAGUCCCACCCCCAGAACAACUUGAGCUCAUUGUAGUUAUGUGGGCUGGUGUCCCUAUAGGAUCCCUAUCAACAACAGAUUGUGAACUGCUUAUCUCAGAUUCACUUUGGCGUGUCGUGUAUUACAUUUAUUCAUCUUUUUCUUUUUUUCUUCAGAAACAGGAGAUUGACACUUCUUCUGUUCUUCAAAAUACAUAUUUUCUCAAUUCAGGGUUGGUAAUCCUUCUCCUAGUAGGUUCCUUAUACAAGAGGUGCAGGUACAUAGGUGAUGCCUCCUACAUUUGCUCUUAUGUGGAUUUUAUUUCAUCCAUGAUUAUAGAAGUAGACUUUAAAAGUAGACUAGAAGUAGACUAAAAAAUUAAGGAUUAAAUGCUAAAAUAAAUUUAUGGUUUUAAGAUUUUUACAUUCAUUCUCUUUAACUGCUCUUCUCUUAUAAUAUGUGAAUGUAAUGUAUAUUUUGUUUUCAACAGGGCGCAGUCUGAAUGUAAUGUCCUAAAUUAAAAUGUGUGUAAUUUCUGUCCUUUUUCUUAAGGAUAGAGGCAAUUGUACAGUGCUGUAUAUGUACAGGCUUCAUGGUAUUUUGGAGAUUUACAGGGUCAAAUAACUGACCCCUUUUAGUUUUUACACAUUGAAAUUUGCCAGAUUGGUUUGCUGGGCCUGUGUUACCUUUGAGGCUGUAUGGCAGCCCAGGAAUGUCAAAUACCCCCAUUCAUUGCAAAAGUGGACAACACAAUGUAUUCAAAAUGGGUUAUAUCCAGUCUUUUCUAGUAGCCACAUAGUCACAAAUCCUAACCAAAAUUAGUGUUCAUAUUUUUUUUAUUUUUAGCAUUUUUCCACAUUAAACCACACUUUCAUUGAUAUUAUCACUAUUCAUUUUACUGCCCUAAAACACUCGUUUGAGUUCAGCAGUCUCAAGUGUACAGCAGUACCCCCUAGGUUGUAUGGGGUUUUGGAAUGUUACAGGGCCAAAUAUAGGGCUAGCCAAUAUGUUAUACACACCAGUCGGAGUCAUGUGAUCAUGAUGCAGCUGGGCGGGAUUGCCUUGGUUAUCAUCCAGUGCACCCGAUUGCAAUUGCCGCUGAGGGUUAGUGUGCCGGCUGCUGCUGGGAGGGCCUGAUCGUUGGGGUGUGCUAUGCUGCUCUAACAGCGUUUUUGUUGGGCAGCAUAGCAGGCUCUUCGUCAUUAAGGGGUUACUAUUAUUAAACACGUAAACUGAUCACUUUUAUGUAAUAUGUAGUUUUGAAAUGACACUUUAUUCUUAGUGUAUUCUCUUUAAUUCAGGUUGUGACAAAAUCUUUUCAUGGUGCAGGCCUUGUGGUCCCAGUGGAUAAGAAUGAUGUUGGCUACAGGGAGCUUCCUGAAACAGAUGGUAUGUUUAUAUUUUGGCAUUUUCUCUUAUAUUGGGAGCAAAAUUUGGUGAAUACUUUCCUGUUGGGGAUUUGAAGAUGCCGAGCAAAGAGUGAGGAUGUCCAGCGUUGUUUCACAAAGUUAAACUCCAUGAAACAGAAGGAAGCACCUCUUGUGGCUGUCUGCUUAACAGCCACUAGAGGCAGUCCUAACGUUGCAUUGUAAACAUUGCACUUCCUCUAAAGCUACUAUGUUGUACAUUGCAAGGUUAAGAGAACAGGGACAGGGCAUCCAGGCCACUUCAAUGAGAUUACAUGCUCUGGAUGCCUAUACUGUCUCUUUAAAAGGACACUAUAGUCACCAUAACCACUACAGCUUCAUGUAGUUGCUCUGGUGUCUAUAGCCUGUCCCUGCAGGCUUUUCAAUGUAAACACUGGUUUACAUUUCUGCCUAGUAACACCUCUAGCAGUCAUUAAAUCAAUGCAUCUCUGAGGAUUGGCGCAGCACGGUUGCGCAUUAGCCUCCCAAUAUUUUCCUAUGGGAAAGCGUUGUGUUGGCUGUGACACAGGAAGGGGGUUGAGCCAGCUCCACAGACCCGCACUGGAGUUAAGGUGUAUGUGUAUGUAUGUAUGUAUAUAUAUAUUGCACACACUACAACUGAGGAUUUUUCACUGUAGUGUACAUUUCUCUCAAAAGCAAACAGCAUAGGUCAAAUCAAGCAUCUGUCACGUAUUCAUCCGCACAUAAAAAUGUGGUUAAUGACAUUUACUGUCCUGACAGCAAAAGUUGUGCCGAGCAGCAAUCAUGCACAUGGAAAGCUGGUAAUUGCUUUUGGGGGUCAAAGGCUGGUUAUGGCCCAUCGGAUCCACAGGAGGGCUAUUUAAACCCAAUUCUCCUUUUGCUCAUUGUCCUGUCGUGGUUUCAUCCUGAUCUUGAUUUUCUGGUAUUUGACUUUGGCUUCGUUUUGACUUCCCUGAAUUCUGGUAUCCUUGAAUUUUGGCUUUCCCUCAUUGUUGUCUGAUUCUGUGUUCCUGACCUCGGCAAGUAUUUUGAUUUAUUCUUGGAUACGUUAAGUCUGGCCAUUCUAAGGUCCGGUUAUACGUUCUUCUUAGUCAGAUGUGUGACACAGUUCUGCAUGUUGGAUCAACUUGUAAUCCUGACAGCAUCUUAUCCAUUUUUAAUCUGGGGUCCAUUCAUCAAAUAUGUUUUGAAAUGUACACUAUAAGCACUAAAAUCACUUUAGCAUAAUGGGGAGAUUUUGGUGUACUCACUGAUCAAUUAUCUGCCGUUUAGGAAUUAAUUCAAUUUUGUUUGUGUAGGUUACAUGCAAAGGAGAUAUGGCUGCAUAGUCUCAGUAUACACUCCCUUUAAAGAAAGAUCUAAUAUUUAAUCUUUCUUUACUGCACUGUAUAAUUAAGUUGGCAUUCCUUUUUUCCUGCUCUGUUAAUAUCCUGCAAGAAUCUCCUGUGUGUGAUUAUAGCUCAGUUAAAAGGAACUCCUAUAGGCACCAAGACCACUUCAGCUCAUUGAAGUGGUGUGGGUGCAUAGUCCAGGUCCCUUAAUCAUGCAAAGGUAAUUAUUGCUAAUAAACUGUAAUUCCCUUUUCGAAGGUUAACACUACCUCUAGUGGCUGUCUAGCAGACAGCCACUAGAGGGGCUUCCGGGUCGUUAGGCGACUUUUGGUCGCCUACCUGACGCUGCACAUGGUCACGCUAUGCAUUAGGGCAUCCAGGGUCACCUAAAGCCCAUAGGCAUUAUACAGGCUUUCCUGUGAGGGUAAUACUAAUGUGAGCGUGCGCAUUAGGUCUCCACUGCCAGCUGACUUCAGGGGGGAGGAGCACCAAUGGAGCCAGAACCAGUGCCGAGGGACAUCGUUGCUGGAACAAGACAAAUGACAGAGACAGAAGGGCAGGGGCUGGCUGUGGGGGGGCACUAUAUUGAUAGGGAAACAACUUUGUUUUCUUGGAACUAUAGUUUCCCUUUAACAUAGGAACUUCUAAAGUAAACAGACUGACCACAUACAAUUGUGAGAGUCCCAGUCAGGGGAGGUGUGGCUAGGGCAGCAUAAACAAAAGUGAUUCAAUUCUUAAAUGUCAGAGAAUGAGCAGCAUCAUACUACAGGGGUAUGAUGCACACUUUAAAAUUGUUUAAUCAAAAGGAUACUAUAGCCAACAAAAAAACUAUAGCUUAAUGAAGCAGUUUUUGUGUUUAAAAAAUAAUCAUGACCCUGCAAUCUCACUGAUCAAUUUACUGCCAUUUAGGAGUUAUAUCAUUUUUGUUUGUUUAUGCAGCCCUAGCUACACAUUGUUAUUGUUUAUAUAGCGCCAACAAAUUCCCCAGCGAUUUACAGUGGGUGGACGAACAAACAUGUAGUUGUAACCAGACAAGUUGGACACACAGGAACAGAGGGGUUGAGGGCUCUGCUCAAUGAGCUUAAAUGCUAGAGUGGGGUAAAGUGACACAAAAGGUAAGGAUAGUAUUAGACUAAUGACAGUUGCAAGAGAGGAAUCAGUUGGGAGCUAUUAACAGUUUAAUUGAUGCACUUAAAUGGUUUCAUUUUCAAUCAGAUAUAACUUGGUGUAAAGGUUUUUAGCUCCUGCUCUGUAAAUUUAACUUGAAUUACAUACAGGUGGCUCCUGGAGGGUUUAGCAAGCUAUUAACAGAGUAAGAGAUGAUACAUUCUAAAUUAAACUUAAUUUGCAAUAAAGGAAGUGUAAACAUUAGAUGACUUUCUUUACAGGAAGUGUUAAGGAAGGCUGUGUAAGUGACAUGCAGGGAGGUGUGACUAGGAAUGUAUAAACAAAGCGCUUUAACUCCUAAAUGACAGAGAAUUGAGCAAUGAGACAGCAGUGGCAUGAUCUAUACACCAAAACUGCUUUACUAAUCUAAAGUUGUUUUGGUGACUAUAGAUUCCCUUUAAGCUAAAUUUGUUUUGGUGCUUAGAGUAUUCCUUUAACUAUCCAAGAUUAUCAGGCCCCGCUAUUUAUUUUGUUGACCGCAACCUUUUUUUUGUUUUUUGUUUUUAAGGUAACCUCAAACGAAUUUGCAAAAAUAUUGUUGAAGCAGCAAAUGAUGAUGCAAGAAUGAAAGCCUUUGCGCCCAUUCAGGAGAUGUUCACAUUUGUUCAGUUUGCAAAUGAUGAGUGUGACUAUGGCAUGGGCUAUGAACUAGGAAUAGACCUCUUCUGUUAUGGAUCACAUGUAAGUGCUUAAUCAUGUUUGCGCCUAUAUAUUGUAAGAAACACAGAUAGUGAAUUUUGAUAUUUUUGAAGAUUUAACUGCUUUGGAAACUUUUAAGCACUUCACCAUUACAGCUUAUUGUAGCGACUACAGUGUUUUUAAGCUGUUUCUGCAAACUUAGAUUUAGAGCUGUUGCAUUUUCAUUAUCUUUUAUUAUUCUUUUUAUCUUAAUCUUCAGCACCUAGGAUCCCUCUCACUCAAUAACCUCACAUAGGGAAGCCAUCAGUCUACUAACACCAUGGUAGACUGCAAGUCAGACUAUUCCUCCCAUCCCCUUUUCAAAAGCUGUAUUGUUUGUAUGUAGACAGCACUGUUCCUUCUCUACUCAGAGACUAACUUGCACAGUAUGAGUAUAUGAGUAGACAGCAUGUUCUCACACCUUACAAGCAUUUGGAUUGUUCAGUAGGGAAGCAAUACCAGUUGGUAGAGGAAUGGUGACUUUCUACAGAUUAAACAGAGUUAAAUUGUUUUUUUCUUUUUUUUUUCUUAUUUUUUAGCAUUUAUGAAUUAAAAUAAAAAAUAUGCCCAUGUGACUUGGAUUUAUAACUAUUUAAUGGUAUUAUAGUAAUAUAGUUGCACCUCUUCAUAAGUUGACUACUUUAUGAAUGUAACGAAGUUAUAAUAUAAAUAUAAUCUUUCAUCGGAUUAGAACUAGCUCCUCGCUAAAAUCUGUUUGUUUGUUUUUUGUUUUUUUUGUCUUGAGUGUAACUGUUUAGCAGUGCUAAAUUCAUUUUAGGAUUACCUUAGUAUUUUGAGAACCACAACAACACACCUAACUAUGGGCACUGGACAUGAGCGACCACUUGAACUGUAACUGAUCCUCUCCUUCAUUGAAAUCUCAAUGUAGAAGUCAACUGCUUAUCCAUUGUAAACUCAUGUUUUUAUGAUGACUUGGGCCUGCGAGCCCGAAAUGCGUUACACCUAUUUACGAAUAAAAUUGAUUUUCCAAAAAAAAAAAGUAUUUUGAGAACUUAGCUUGUACAGGUGUGCUUUCAGACAUGAAUCAGCAGACUCCAGAGAGGAAAUCUGGCUUGAGGUUUUUCCACAGCUUCAGUACUGAUUGAUGUAACCAGAUCCCUUAUACCAAUUUGCACAGGAAAUAUAUUGCAUGCUGCAGAAUCUCAGACCAUUCUUCCCAAGCAUCUUGAUCAUCAGGUCCUGUCCUAACCUUGUUUCCUGGUGUCCUACAUUUACAAGGAACUGUACUCAAAAAGUGUAGCUAGAGUGGACCAUUACAUGCCAUCAGGGCACUAGGACCAUGCAGAGAGCACCGAGACAGUGUUCAUUGCAAGACCUGCUCUCAGUGGGCUGGCCUGCUUGAUUGCCAGGCAGCCUGGUGCAUUCAGGCCAGACUGACCUGUCACUAAUAUCAGUAGACCUGUCCAUUUCUGGGUGGGUCUGCCCUCUGUGGGUAGUCUGUGACACAAUCUUAUCACUGGCUUCCUACCUUUAUCCCACUUCUUGGCACGCCAAUGUUGGGGGUAGGUCAGACUGCUCAUUCUAUGGGACUACAACUAAUUUAAAGGGGGAUUUUUAACUAUCUUGGAUUUUAAAUAUUGUCAGGGUUAUUCAAAAAAGUGAGGCAUAGAAUCUACAGCGCUACGAAACUUGUUGGCGUCAUAUAAAUAAGAAAAUAAUACUAAUGUGACUGCAGAUAAGAACCAUUCAGCUCAUCUAGUCUGUUCAGUUUUCUAAACACUUUCAAUAGUCCCUGGCCUAAUCUUUUAUUUCGGAUAGCCUUAUGCCUAUCAUACGCAUGGUUAACCUUGUCAACCUCUACCACUUCAACUGGAAGGCUAUUCCAUGCAUCCACUGCCCUCUCAGUAAAGUAAUACAUCCUGAUAUUUUAAAACCUUUGCCCCUCUAAUUUAAGACUAUUAUGGAAAGACCAUGUACGCAGUAAAAUAGGAGACUUCUAAUGCAAAAUAACCAAGUUGGGAAAAUACUUCAACUUGGCUAUGCUUCCAAUUUAUUUACUUUGGCCAUAAAUUUUAGAUAAUUUUUUUUUUUUAAUUUGUUUGAAAUUCUCUAUUAAAUGAACAACCCUGUGGGUCUGGUUAUCCCAAUAUUUAACAAAUAUGUAUUUGAGGUUUGAAAGAUGAAAUUGAAUGUAGAAAUGCACACUUCUUUAUCUACAACGUGACCCCAGUUGUCUUAGCUCCUUGUCAAUCUUUAUUAUAAGCUUUGUCCCAGUGCAUAUCGUUGGAGAGUGUGGCAACACUGACUGUAGGCCCUGCAAAGAUUGCAGGAUCUAACACACAGUCCCUAUAGAGUCUGAGUGGCAGCCAUUUGAGAUGUUACUAGGCAGCAAUGUAAAUGUGAUUUAAGCAUUUGCAUUGCAGAGACAGGCUAUAGCCACCAGAACCACUACAUUGACCACCUGAAUUCAGGUGUAGUGACGUUUUUUGCAUUUUUCACACACAAACAGCACUUACAGCACGUGCGAUACUUUUUACUGUUUUGAAACACAAAUAUUUGUGUUCAGCGAAGUUUCCCGAGUACAACAGUACCCCUCAUGUACAGGUUUUAUGGUGUUUUCAAAAGUUACAGCAUCAAACAUAAGGCUUGUGUUUCAUUUUCACAUUAAAAUUCGCUAGAUUGGUUAUGUUGCCUUUGAGACCCUAUGGUAGCCCAAGAAUGAAAAUUACCCCUAUGAUGGCAUACCAUUUGCAAUAGUAGACAACCCAAGGUAUUGCAAACGGGGUAUGUCCAGUCUUUUUUAGUAGCCACUUAGUCACAAACACUGGCCAAAAUUGGCGUUUUUUGCAUUUUUCACACACAAGCAAAUACUAACGCUAACUUUGGCCAGUGUUUGUGACCAAAUGGCUACUAAAAAAGACUGGACAUACCCCAUUUGCAAUACCUUGGGUUGUCUACUAUUGCAAAUGGUAUGCCAUUAUGGGUGUAAAUUUCAUUCCUGGGCUACUAUAAAGUCCCAACGGCAACGUAACCAAUCUGGCGAAUUUCAGUUUCAAAUGUAACGUGCUAUAUUUGACCCUGCAACUUCCCAAAACGCCAUAAAACCUGUAUAUAGGGGGUACUGUUUUACACGUGAGACUUUGCUGAAUACAAAUGUGUAUUUUAUUGCAGUAAAAGCAAACAGUAUUAUGACAUUGACAGUUAAAAUGUCAUGUAGAACUAAAAAAAUUUAAAAAAAAUUCUAAUUUUUUUUUAAUAUUAAAUUGUUUCAUAGCUAAAUAUUUGAUAUUAAAUGAAAGCCCUGUUACCCCUGAAUAAAAUUAUAUAAUAAGGGUGGGUGCAUUUAAUAUGAAAGAGGUGAAUUACGGUUGGACAGACAUGUAGCGCAAAUGCCAGGUUUUGUUUACAUUUUGUUUCGUGUACAUUUGUCUCAGUCCUUAAGGGGUUAAACUGUUGGGGAAACUGUUUAACCUCCACAGGUGGUAAACUCCUGCCUGAGUAACUUUAUUGAGUUAAAUUGUUAUGGCUGUGUAUUAUUUUAUUUUUUUUUAAUUCUAAAAUGUCACAAUUAUCUAAUUUUAACAAAUUUAUUGUACUUUUUGCAGUACUUUCACAAAAUAGCUGGCCAGCUGCUCCCUCUUGCUUACAAACUCUUGAAGAGGAAUCUGUUUGCAGAAAUAAUUGAAUCUCAUCUCUCAAACCGAAGCAGAGACCAAGUGAAUCAGCUUUCUACAUAGUAAAGACUGGUUUUCCUAAAUUCUAUUUACUUUGUACAAUAUGUUCUUCUUACUUUACCAUGCAAUAAUUCAUAAAGAUAGUUUUGUAUUAAAAUGUCAGUUGUGUGUGUUUUUAAUUGGUGCAACUGUUUAGUUAUCUGGUUUGGAUAACCUUACGUUAUUUUUCUAGGUACCAAUAUAAAAAAUGCUAUUCCCAUCCCCUUUUUUACAUAAAUAAUAAAGGGAAAACAAGUUGAAGGUGACUAUUCAUUGAGGAAACAGAUUUAAAGUAAGAAUGCACACAAGUGUUGAGGUAUAUCAAAUGGUCUUGUGUUAUGUUAAAUCUGUGUGUGUCAAUCAUAUGUAGUCAAAGUUUAGGGAUAAAGACUUUGAUGGUUAAUUUCUUCUUCAAAUGGUCACUCUAAGCCAGGGGUGCCUAAUAUGUCAAAUACAAUCUACUAGUCGAUCGCAAAGGCCAUGCUGGUAGAUCGCAGCUGGCAGCACUUUACCCUGGAGGAGCACGCAACGCACGCCAAUGUGCUCCACCUUCCUCCAGUGAUUGCUGUCAGUGGAAGGAUUCCAGUGUGCGAACGGCACUGCGGCAGUAAAUCAUUGAGACCAGAGUCAGCACAUUGAACCUUCAUCAAUUGUAAGUGGUGUCUGCUUGCUAAAGUUUUUUUUAUUUUUUUUACAAAUUUUUUUA